AUGGCGGAAAGGUGUGCAGAUGGGAAUGAAACUAACGACAGAGCGAAAGAACAUGCAGACAGUCUACUGAGAGAGUUUGAAACAUGGCAAGAAACGACGGGAAGCGACGAAGUGUUUCUUCUUGAGUCACUAGGCGAGAGAAAUGGUGCAGUGACUCUGAGCAUGUUGCUUUCUAGUGAACAUGAAUUUAAACUGCAUUGUCCCAUGGAUGAACGAGAUGGAUAUUUCAAAGUGGAUGCUGAACCUUGUAUGACAGCGUGGGCCUCUACGUUAAAUGAGUACUUGGUUGGAUCCCUCAACAAGUUGAAUCUUUCUGAUGUUUUGAAUAAAGCUGUAAGCCUGUGUUCCUCUACAAAUAAAAAACAGCCUAGCUCGGAGCCUGACGUUGAUGAUGAAGAAUCAGAUUUGGAAGAUGACAUUUAUGUGAGGUAUGUUUUAAGGGUUCUCUGUAGGCAUCCCAGUAUACAGACAAACUGUCAGGGUCCGGAUGACAUUCUUGAUGAUGAUACAGCUUUCACAACAGAAUGGGACCUGAAGGUCGCUCAGAAAAAGGUGAGGUCAAAACUCCAGUCAUGA